AAACUCAAGUUGAAAUCGAAGAAGGACGUUGAGAAUCAGACAGUUUCUGCAAGGACUGUCAGCAAUACAGAUGUUGAUAAGCAGGAAGAGGAUAGUGAUGAUGACUGUAUCAUUAUCGAUGAAAAGGUGAUUACCACCGCGUCGACUGUUUCUCCCAGGAGAGCUGCAUCAACAUUACAUGGUGAAGAUGCUCUGCCUGAUCUUCAGAACCUACAGAAAACACUCCUUGAAAACUGGCCUUCCUGGAAUUUAGAGAAAGUGAUGCGACUUUCUGAUUUGCCAAAACUAGAGGAUUACAAGGCAGGGGAGACUACUGCAUGUACUCCAUGCAGUGGUCUUAACGCGGAGGGGUUAUCUCCCUUGCCUCAGCCAUGUAAGUUCUGUUACGUGAGAAAACCGCCCAAGAAGUUUUUACCUGAGGAGAGUGGAGUAUUAGAAGAUAUAAAAUUUCUAUCAGAAACCAAAUGUGAUAGCUUGAAACGAAAAUCAAUCUCAGAUGUAUUGGAAGUGGAGGACAGUGAACAAGAGAGCCUGAGGGUGAAACGACCGAGGACAGCAAGUGUAUCAUCACCCUCAGAAGAGUGCUAUGCAAAGGGAGGGAAAUCUAACUUACCUGCAAAAGAAAAAGUUCCCAUUCUCUGCCCCUUAUGCCAGACAGAAUUUCCAAACAGUUUUGACCAACUUGAAAUGGACAGUCACAUAGCACAGUGUUUGCCUGCAUGUGAGGAGGAUGUUAUAUGGUGAGGAGGAUAUAGAGGAGGAGCAUGAGGACUUGUACGGUCAAUAGUCAUUCUAUCCUCAGGACCGUGUUGUUCAAGAGUGUGUUACCUGGGGAUCAUGAGGAUUAUAGAGACAAAAGUCAUUCUGUCCUCAGAACCGUGUUGUUCAAGAGUGUGUUACCUGGGGAUCAUGAGGAUUAUACAGACAAAAGUCAUUCUGUCCUCAGGACCGUGUUGUUCAAGAGUGUGUUACCUGGGGAUCAUGAGGAUUAUACAGACAAAAGUCAUUCUGUCCUCAGGACCGUGUUGUUCAAGAGUGUGUUACCUGGGGCUCAUGAGGAGUAUACGGACAAAAGUCAUUCUGUCCUCAGGAUGGUGUUGUUCAAGAGUGUGUCACCUGGGUAUCAUGAGGAUUAUAUGGACAAAAGUCAUUCUAUCCUCAGGACUGUGUUGUUCAAGAGUGUGUUACCUGGGGAUCAUGAGGAGUAUAUGGACAAAAGUCAUUCUGUCCUCAGGACCGUGCUGUUCAAGAGUGUGUUACCUGGGGCUCAUGAGGAUUAUAUGGACAAAAGUCAUUCUAUCCUCAGGACCGUGUUGUUCAAGAGUGUGUUACCUGGGGCUCAUGAGGAGUAUACGGACAAAAGUCAUUCUGUCCUCAGGAUGGUGUUGUUCAAGAGUGUGUCACCUGGGUAUCAUGAGGAUUAUAUGGACAAAAGUCAUUCUAUCCUCAGGACUGUGUUGUUCAAGAGUGUGUUACCUGGGGAUCAUGAGGAGUAUAUGGACAAAAGUCAUUCUGUCCUCAGGACCGUGCUGUUCAAGAGUGUGUUACCUGGGGCUCAUGAGGAUUAUAUGGACAAAAGUCAUUCUAUCCUCAGGACCGUAUUGUUCAAGAGUGUGUUACCUGGGGCUCAUGAGGAGUAUACGGACAAAAGUCAUUCUGUCCUCAGGAUGGUGUUGUUCAAGAGUGUGUCACCUGGGGAUCAUGAGGAUUAUAUGGACAAAAGUCAUUCUGUCCUCAGGAUCAUGCUGUUCAAGAGUGUGUUACCUGGGGCUCAUGAGGUUUAUACAGACAAAAGUCAGUCUGUCCUCACGACCGUGUUGUUCAAAAGUGUGUUAUCUGGGGAUCAUGAGGAUUAUACAAACAAAAGUCAUUCUGUCCUCAGGAUGGUGUUGUUCAAGAGUGUGUUACCUGGGGAUCAUGAGGAUUAUACGGACAAAAGUCAUUCUGUCCUCAGAAUGGUGUUCAAGAGUGUGUUACCUGCGGAUCAUGAGGAUUAUGGAGACAAGUCAUUCUGUCCUCAGGACCGUGUUGUUCAAGAGUGUGUUAGCUAGGGCUCAUGAGGAGUAUACGGGCAAAAGUCAUUCUGUCCUCAGAACCGUGUUGUUCAAGAGUGUGUUACCUGGGGACCAUGAGGAUUAUACGGACAAAAGUCAUUCUGUCCUCAGGACCGUGCUGUUCAAGAGUGUGUUACCUGGAGAUCAUGAGGAUUAUGCGCACAAUAGUGAUUUUGCCCUCAGAGCUGAAUUGUUCAAGAGUGUGUUACCUGGAGAUCAUGGGGACUUGUACAGUCAACAGUCAUUCUAUCCUCAUAGUCAAGAUGUUCAGGAGUGUGUUGCCUAAGAAUCUUGAAGACAUUUAUAGUCAACAGUCAUUCUGUACCAUGAUUACCAUGAACUAGUACUAAUGGACAUGAUUGCGCGAUACUAAAUGCCUACACAAGUUAGUUCCAAGCUGCCUAAUAAACGUUUCAUUCCCUGCUGUUACAGUGCAGUGCGUUUGAACUACCUGUUAUCUUUAUGAGUAUAGUUACACAGAAACAUUGACAUAUUAACAAAAAGAAAAGGUGGGCAAAAAAAAGGUGUUAGCCAGUGCUAGGGAAUCAGUCAGAAGUGUAUUAGUAAUCAUGCGUUAACAUCAUGCUACAAAACUUAAACC